AUGAGUCCAGCUCACUGUCCGACACCUCCAAGGGAGAAUUCGGCAACAGAAGAAUCCGAUGAAAGGACGGACCCUCCUCUCACCGGGCAAUCUCCACUUAAACAACCGGAAGCCUCCGAACCGGAAGUCUCCGAACCGGCCUUCACAAAAGAAUGGGUUGAGAGCCGCUUUCAAGAGUUUGAAGACUCCGAGGUUUUCCCUUUGAAGGAGAAAUUCCAAAGAACCGUUUGCUCGGCACUCAAGUUCGCCAACACUACAAGGCAACUUUUAGAAAGAACACAGGACCGGUUCUCAGAAAUCGACAAUGAUCAACAGGAAGAAGCGGUCCUGCGUAACAAACACCUUAGGCGAACCGUGAUUUUGGAAGAUACGACUUUCGAGUUAAAAGAGAACUUUGACCGGCUUGAAAGAGAGACCGAUCAACGAUUGACGGAGGUUGCUGGGGACCUGGUCGGCACAACACUCGGACGGAUAAAUGCGGAUGCCGCGGCUGUAGAGGCUGAUGCCCGAGCGGCUAAGAAGGUCCAGGAUGAGCUGGAUGCCGAAGCAAGAAAAGAGAAGGAGCCACCGCAACGUACCGAGGAGGAAGAAGUCGAACGAAUUCGAAGGGCAGAGGCUAAGUUCCCGGGAUUUGCAAAGACGGUAGCCGCUCAAGCUGCGAAGGAUGCUAAGCGGUUAGAAAGGGAAAGACGGAGGCUGGAAGGCUUCACAGACGACAACAAAAAGAAAAAGGCGGCCUCUUCCGUUUCAGUUCCGACAAAGCGAAAGAGGGAACCUUCAAAGAAAGUUCAAAUAGCCGACCUGCUCAAUGAGGUCACUGAAACGGUCAUUGAGAGUAUACCGCAGCAGGUUACUCAAGUCGAAGAGGAGGAUGAAGAACACCUGCAGCCCCGGUCUACAAGACAACGAGUCUCUGAACCGGCCAGUCGACCGCAACCGGUGAAGAAAAAGCGGAACAAGAAGUUGAUGACCAGCUAUGACUUCUCGGACUCGGAAUAG